AUGGUCAAAGCCGGCAUAGGCGGAGUCGAGCUAUCCUGCGUCUACCCAAUAGCACCAAAGCAGCCAGUAGCUUACGGAUCUCAGCACUUCCUGGAUCUCGUCUCGUACGCUUCACGGGCAGCGCAAGCUCGCGGCAUGCGAUUCGACAUGACAAUAGGGAGUGGAUGGUCCUUCGGGGGAUCUCAUGUAACUUCGGAGCACGCGGCUAAACGCCUGCGAUUCGAAACUCGGGUUGUGGGCCCUCACUCUCAGACGAUAUCACUUCCUGGCAGGUGGCCGGGAGACUGCUUGAUUGCCGCGUGGAUCUCAGAUGGGGCCUUGGGGGAGCACUCCCCUGCCUUUCAACGUCUGGAGCUGGUCGGGGAUAGUGUCAGCGUUCCCUCCGGCGGCUCCCCGAGGACUAUUCUAGUGGCGACAUCCGGUUUGACGGGACAACAACUCAAACGUGCCUCUAACGGCGCAGAGGGACCAACUCUCGAUCACUACUCUCGCGAGGCGACGAUGCACCACCUCGAGUCUGUCGGAGACCCGUUUUUGAAGGCGGCUGGAGGCUCCAAAAACGUCACUGCGGUGUUUUGUGACAGUCUAGAGGUGUAUCACUCUGAUUGGUCACCCAAUAUGGUCCAAGAGUUCAAGAUCCGCCGAGGGUACGACCCGGUACCAUUGCUUUACCAUCUUUGGUCUCCGCAUCCCUCUGGAGCGCUCUUCCGAGCAGACUACUAUCGGACAUUAUCCGAGGUGUACGAAGAUAACUUUUUGGCAGUAUGUCAUACUUGGGCUCGUCAACAUGGCACAAAGUUUCGCGUUCAGAACUAUGGUCAGCCACCAGCCCGUAUCAGCGGAUUCCGACAUGCCGACAUGAUCGAGGGAGAGAGUUGGGGGUGGUUGACGGUCCCGCAAAGUCGGUGGGCUGCGUCUGCCGCUCAUCACCUGGGCAUCAACGUGGUUUCGUCGGAGACAUGGACCUGGAUCAACUCGCCUUCGUUCAAAGCAAGGCCUUUAGACUUCAAGGGAGAGGCUCAUGACCAUGUGCUCUGUGGAAUCAAUCAUUUCAUCGGUCAUGGUUGGCCUUCCUCGCCCACAAACGUCGUCUCGCCUGGGUGGGCAUUCUACGCCUCUGGAGCCAUCUCCGACAGGAAUGCUUGGUGGAAGGACGCUUCAAGACCUCUCUUCUCCUAUCUCCAUCGCCUAUCAGAGGUCAUGCGUCACGGAGAGCCGGUAGCAGAUAUUGGCAUCUGGAUGCCGUACGAGGACACCUACGCCAACUUCACCCACGAGGAAGAGCAUAAUCUUUGGCGGUCCAGCUCGAUGCGACUUGGAGAGGUUCCCAGACUUCUACGACAAGCUGGAUACGACUAUGACCUGAUUGACGCCGGUCUUGAUGUGGCAGUGAUCUGCCAACGUCACAAAGUGGUUGUGCUGACCGGCUGCACCCGCUUGUCCAAGGACGACCUAGAGGCAUUGGCGAACAUCGCCAGCCAAGGCAUCAAAAUUCUUGCCGUGGACAGUGAUCUACUACCGAGUGCCAUUCACCUGUCUGCUUCAGACUUGAUUUCCAAGCUCAGGUCCAUUGUACCACCAGACGCUCACACAGGACAUCCUGGCAUCGGUGCCGUACAUCGGCGGUUGGCUGACGGAGAGCUCUAUUUCGUCGCCAACACCCUUCCAACACCAUCCUCUGUCAGUCUACAGACAAGAACACCACAUUCGUCUUGGCAGCGCUGGAAUAUACAUGAUGGUUUGUUUGAGUCUGGCACAGGCCCGAUCCAUAGCCAGCUUGCGCCAUACGAAGCUGCUAUAUACGUCACGUCGCAAAAGGAUGGCAAUGAGUCCAAAGGCUCGACCCAGAGCUCUGGCCCGUCCAUUCCUCUCGAACGCUGGUCCCUCGAGCACCCCCUGCAUGAUUUGCAGGAGGUCUUCGCGCCACAUCAAUGGGACGAUUCCGAAGAUUUUGUCGGCUCUGCCACUUAUACGUCUACUAUACAGCUGGCAGCGCCGCUACCCUCGUACCUCUAUCUGGACACAUCGAAGUUGCCUACGCCAAAGCGUUCGGCCAGACGAGACCAAUCUUUCGAGGCACAUGCUGCGGACCCGCUUGGCGUGGUCGCGGCUGUCCUCAUAAACGGACAAGAGGCCGGCACUUUUUGGGAUCCGCCAUAUCAACUCGAAAUAGGUCGAUUCUUACAGACCGGGGCAAACACCAUAGCAAUCCGGGUCAGUAACACGUCGGUGCCUGCUAUGCGCUCUGGUGACUGGCGCAAGAUAUGGGAGGAGACGGAACGGGCGCAUGGGCGGAGAUUCAUUAUGCAGGAGAUAGAUUACGCCUAUGAACCCACGCGGUCCGGCCUGUUGGUAAUUCCUGAGCUCCGAAGAUAA